AUGGCUAAAUUAUCCUACAAACAAGUGGAGAAGUUUAUGAAUGCAAAAAUUCCUGAUGAGAUAGAAGAUUCAAUAUUGGAGACCUUCGCCAAAUAUUCGAUCGAGGAGGAUAUGACUGUUGCAAAUCUAAAGGACUAUUUCAAUAAUCUAGAGUUACCUGAAAUAUUGUGGAGUAAAAUUCCUUCAGAUGAGUUUUGCAUCGAAGGUACUUCUAUUAUUGAUUUCGAUUUGCUGAUGAAAAAAACUUAUCACAUUCUAAUAUUUAUGGACAAUGAAGAUAUUAUAGAUGAAUUAUGGGGUUUAUUUGUUAAACAAAGUGGAAGAGGUGCUCAAUUUACCAAUGUGAAACUUAAAAAUCAUGUCUUUGGUGUUAAGGACAUAAUGAAAGUUUGUAAUACUGUGGCCAUGAAACAAAAUGACCGAAUUAUUGAGAUGGUGAGUGUUGCAACAUCAGGAAGAAGAUUGUACAUCACAUAUAUCGAUUUUGCAUAUAUAAUGGGUAAACUUGGCCUUCUAAGAUUUUAA